AUGCCAGUUAAAGCUAUACCCAAAGUCUCCUUGGCCCGUAACGGUAUUGGAGCAUUCGUGAGACCUUGUUAUAAGGUUACCCUCCAGUACUGUAACUGGGGUGGUUCUUCCCAAGGCAUGAGAGACUUCUUGACCCAAGAGAAGACAUCCUUGGCCAAAUUUGCAUCUGAAUUCAAAGAUGUCUUUUUCGAAAUAAAACAGCAGAAUGGUCAUCCCCAGCUACUUCUUCAUUUCAACAACGGCAAAAAGCAGUCUGUUGAUGUGAGAAACCAGAGCGUGUCUGAAAUCAGCAAGAAGCUCUGGGAGAGCGUUCAGCAGAGUGGAAACGACCGUUUCAAAUUCAACCAGAAGGUUAUGUCUAAUAACGAGUCCGUCAGAGGUAUCUGGUCUCCCUUGCAUGUGGCCAAGGAGAACAGACACAAGAUUUAG